CCCACAAUUCACUGGACUCAACUCAGAGCUCAUGCUUAUGUUUUUGUUAUUGUUCUCUGGCCGUGGUGUUGUGGACAGAAGAAACGUUGAAUGUUAUGAUAUUUUAGUAACGUUUGCCUAAUCGGAUAGGCAUCGACAUUUUUAAAUAAAUAUUUUGCAUGAUUUUACGGAAACUCCGCAGAAAAAGCUUGUAGAGGUCCAAAGACACCAAGUUCAUUUGUUGCCAUGGAAACCGCCUGGAAAGUGGAGUUCCGGAAUGUCGGCAGCAGUUACUUCCCAGAGAGCCGAAUUGAAUGCCAUUAUACUAUCAGUUCCCAGCAUACCUGGGCCAGCAGUGACUGGAUUGGACUCUUCAGGGUGGGCUGGAACUCUGUGAAGGACUACCAUACCUUUGUCUGGGCACUGGCUCCAGCUGGCUACAAGGAAGGGACUGAUAGCAACUGUUGUGUGCACUUCCAAGCCUCGUACCUUCCCAAGGCCAGUGGCCAGGCCUACCAGUUUGUGUACGUGGACAGUAAAGGGGAGGUGUGCUCCUGCAGCGCCCCCUUCUCCUUCUGCGCCCCCAAGCCCCUGGAGGAGCUGGUCACCCUGGAGGAGGGAGGCCACGAGGACGGGGCAGGGGAGGACAUGCUGGUGGUCAUCCCCAGAGCCGAGCUCCUGCAGAGCCGUCUGCAGGAGUGCCUGAAGGAGCGCGGGGAGCUGCUGCAGGCCCUGGAGUCCGCUGACCGCGGCCGAGAGAGGGAGAGGGAGCGGAGCGAGCGGACCAGGGAGGCAUGGGAACGUGUCCGGCGCCAGCUGGAGAGUGACCUGGCCAGCCUGAAGAAGGAGCUGAGACAGAGCUGGGAGGAGAUGGAGGAGAUGAGGAGGAAACAGGAGGAAGUGCUAGCCUCUGAAGAAGCUCUGGCCGAGGAAAAGAGUGCUCUGCUGAGCAAGAGGGCAGCGAACGAGCAGCGCAUCCGAGAGCUGGAGGACGACAUCAAAGCGCUCGGCCAGCGAGCCCUGGAGAGGGAGACGGACAUGGAGAGGAUGAAGGAAAAGGCUAAGAAGGUGGCAGCCCAGAGGAAAGAGGAAGAGAAUGAAAGGAAGAGUCUGAAGGCCAAACUGGAGCAGACGGAGGUGGAGCUGCGCAGUCUGUCUGCAGAGUUCCAGGGUUUGCGCAGCUCACUGGCACAGAGGGACACACACGCCCUGCAGCUGAGAGACACCAUCACCACGCUCACACACAAGCUCAACACCGCUCACAGGAAAGAGGCGGAGAGUGAGGCGGCCCUGGGCGAGCUGCGGAGCCUGCAGGAGCGCGUGCGGGCCAGCGAGAGGGCGGCCGAGGACCUGCGGGCCGAGCUGAGCGCGCUGGCCGCCAAGCGGGACCAGAGCCAGGCCGAGCUGCACCAGGCGCGCCUGCAGGCUGCCCAACUCACCCUGCAGCUGGCCGACGCCAGCCUGGCGCUCCGCGAGGGCCGCGCCUGCUGGGCCCAGGAGAGGGAGAGUCUGCAGCGCACCUCCGAGAUGGACAGGACCCGCAUGGAGAAGCUACUGGAGGAGAUGCAGCGGCGCGAGGAGAUGCUGCAGGAGCAGAGGAUGGAGCGCGAGAAGGCCGAGGUGGAGCUGGGCCGAGAGAAGGACUGCAAUCGGGUGCAGCUGAGUGAGACCAGGCGAGAGCUGCAGGAGCUGAAGGCCAGUCUGCGGGUGGCUCAGAAAGAGAAGGAGCAGCUGCAGAUGGAAAAACAGGAUGUGUUGGAGUAUGCGCGUCAGCUGGAACAGCGGCUGCAGGCAGCAUCUGACUCCAAGUGGGCCGAGAUGGCCCUGCUCCACAGCAGCAUCCGGCCCGAGAGCCCCAUGUCAGACUCGGAGGAUGAGAAGCCGGAGGCGCUGCAGCCUGUGCGGAGCUCCAGGCCCUUGGCCCCCUACGGCCUGUGUGAGCAGCCCCAGCAAGAGCCCCUGCUGCCGGCCACCCCUCCGCCCUCCCCCCGGACCCUCUCCAGAGAGUUGGCCGUGGUCAUCAGCCAGCCGGCACCCCUCUCCUCGCCUCGCCCCCCGGCCGGCGACACGCUCGCGCACAGCUCCGAGUCGGAGGAGGAAAGCGAGGUUCCCCAGUGUGGAGGCCACAGCUCUGGAGAGGAGACCGCUCUGCUGCUCCCUGACCACAGUGACCCUGUUCUCAGUGACCUGGCGGACAGCCCCCUGUGGUGAAGUGCUUGACAUCAGUCUUCAGGAGGCCAGGCCGUUUACCAGGGUUCAUCACGUUACGUUUUCUUCACUUGGCUCUUUUGUUACAGCACACACUGGCAUUCAGCAACAGUUACAAAUAUGCAAUUUGAUUUGGGAUGUUAUAUGCACGUCCAUUAUGCAAUGGCAUUGGCCACUAAACCUCUCACGCCACAAAACAUAAGUUAACCCACCUGAGUGAAACACACUUCAGCAGCAACACAUAUCAAUAGCAUUCUUGGACUCUUCUAGGAAGGAAAUUGUAGAAAAAAGUGAAGACAAACUUUUUUACGGUCACUUUAAAGUGUGUCUUACAUGUGUGUGUGUGUGUGUGUGUGUGUGGGUGAAAUGUUUAUCUGUGUGUGGGUGCCCAUUUUUAAUUGAACGGUUUAGUAAUUUCUGCCGCCAGAGUAGUUUGACCAGUGUUUCAAAAAUACAGCUUUAUAUUAUGUACCUGCAAUAAGUUGAAGUACAGGGUCUGGGGGUUGUUUCCAUGCGUUUUUAACCUAAGAUUUUCAUGUCCUCCCUCUGCUAGUGUGGACAUGAGUCAUGACAUGAUGGGAACGAAGGAAAGCAACACAGAGAGAGAUGAAGUCAGAUGCAGUAUAAUGUGGAGAGAAGGGAAAUGAAAAUAGACA